AUGUCGUCCAAGUUACGGAUAUUAGUCCCCGUCAAGCGAGUCAUUGACUAUGCUGUCAAACCGCGCGUGAAAUCCGACCACACGGGUGUCGAGACCUCGGGCGUCAAACACUCGCUCAAUCCUUUCGACGAACUCUCCAUCGAAGAAGCCGUGCGGCUACGAGAGCGCAAGUCCCCUGUCGAGGAGAUCCUGGCUGUGUCCGCCGGCCCCGCGAAAUGCGCAGACACUCUGCGCACGGCCAUGGCCAUGGGCGCCGAUCGGAGCAUCCACGUCGACGUGUCCGAGGAUAAACCGCUCGAGCCGCUCGGUGUGGCGAAGCUGUUGAAGGCUAUCGCCGAGAAGGAGAAGAGUAAUUUGAUUAUCCUGGGGAAGCAGGCCAUUGACGAUGAUAGUGGCCAGACAGGGCAGAUGCUCGCCGGGCUCUUGAACUGGCCGCAGGCAACGCAGGCGAGCAAGGUCUCCAUUGAGAACGACACCGUCACCGUGGAACGGGAGGUCGAUGGGGGCGUGGAAACCCUGAAGGCAAAAUUGCCGAUGAUCAUCACGACGGAUCUACGGCUAAAUGAGCCGCGGUACGCGAGUCUGCCGAACAUUAUGAAGGCGAAGAAGAAGAAAUUGGACAAGAAGUCGCUAGGCGACUAUGGCGUGGAUGGGUCCCCAAGGUUAAAGACUGUCAAGGUUGAGGAACCACCCGUCAGGCAAGGUGGUGGGAAGGUUGAAGAUGUGGAUGGCAUGAUUGCGAAGCUGAAGGAGAUGGGUGCCAUCUAG